CACUUUUUCCAGAAAAAGGCUUCAUUCCAAAAAGCCAGAACUACUUUGCCUGCACCUACUCAGAAACAUGCCGUAAGGCGCUGUCAGAGUUUCACCAGGAUGGUUGUGCCAAGAUCCAACGAGAAUCGACAGAGCUGCCAGCUGUUGUCAACUACACCCACACACAGGUUGAAAAACCAAGACCCCACUUGAGAGAAAUCUCCAACAAAGAAAUCCCCUACAGGCCCUUAAAGUCCUUCACCCCCACAGGAAAACCACACUUCAUGGAUGAUGAUAACCCACAAAAGUACUUUAAAACAGGUUUUACAGGCCAUGUGCCAACAUCUCGCUUCCUAAUUGGCAAAGGCUUCCCCAAACAGGCACUGAUCCAGUUUGGGAAACAGCAGCAGACUGAUCCCACGUCCCUAAGCAUCCCGGGAAGGAGGGAAAGUACAAUAAUUCCCAUUGCUACCAUCUAUCCAUCAAACAGGGGUGUGGUGCCGUCCUUCACAGGACACAUCCCAUGUCAGUGGUACCAGUUCACGUAUGAACAAACCUUUGGCCAACUUUCCCAGAAUGCACUGGAAAAGAGCAGCAUCAAGAGGAUCCGUCAUGUCAGGCAAAAUCAUAAAACUGUCCAAAUUACUGGCAAGAUGAAGUUCUGACAUGAGUCAAGUUUAAGAACUAUUUAGGAAAUCCUCAUGACAGGAAACGCAUGAAUAAACAUUUGUAAUGUUUACUGUUGGCAUACAAAGAAGUCUUUAUUGACAGACUUUGAUUGUCACUGGCAUUAGAGGAAACAUUCAGAGGUUGAGACAAUGAUGCUGGGUCAAAUUAUUUCACAGAUUGCACAUAAAUACAUGAAUGUUCUGUAUAUAAAACACACGUUCUGUUCUUUCCUCCUUAUUAACUAACCACUAGUCUGUCAAAAUGUAGCUGACACACAUUAAAGUACCUGAAACAGCCACCAGAUGGCUUAUAUUGUGCAACUUAACAAAAUUCACUGGAAGACAUCCUACUGCAAACUAUUUCCACACUUUCAGUUCCAGAAAAUGUACAAAACCUAGCUCUUCACCAAUAAAAACAUCAAGGGGGAGUUAUA